UAGCUUCCAGUCUCGAGAAAAGGUGAAAGGCAACCCCUGUGACGCCCGACAGCUUAACCCGCCCGUAGCUCCCAAUCGCACUGCGUGAGCGUUGACGAGGCGGAGUUAGGCUCACGCGUGGCCGACAGAUGGGAGGGGAAGCGCGGCGGCAUGAUCGGGACCUUGUUGUGUUACGUGCUGCUGCCUGUGGCGCGGCUCCUGCACGCUUUACGAGAUGCUUUCUUUACAUGUCGAAAGAACGUGCUUCUGGCGAAGAGAACAACCACCCAUAUAGAUGGCCUUUCUGUUCCCAUCAGUGGGAAGCCUGUCUCAGAGGAGCAGCAAGCCCUGUUGCAGCAGUGGCUGGAGGAAGGUGCUGGUGAGCUGCACACCAACGAGAGUGCUUCGGAACCAGAGAAGGUGUCAGCUAUUUCAGAUGCUGAGUGGAUGAAAGGCCCAGAACUACUGAUGACAAGCUUAAGCAAUCUGAAUGUGUCACCACAGUCUGGUAGCCAAGAGCAGCAGCAGCCACCUAUGGUCCAGACUGAAGUGUCUCCUGGACUACAGGAGUUUGUAGAAGCUACAGUGGCAAGUUUACCUGCAGAGGGAAGAGAGGCUUUGGGGGACAAUGCUCUAUGGGCAGCAGUAAGGACGCAGGCUGAUCCUCAGAUAAUUGAAGCUGCUCCGCUGUCUACUGAAGUGUGGAUUGAAGACCCUGCUGUGUUAGCCUGGAGUCCUGCACAGGAGACUGAAGUGGUGCCAACAGAGGGAGCAGUGUGGCCUUUCCAGAAUGCGGGUCAGUUCCAACCACUCCCACUAGAGAUACCUUAUCAUGAAAUUCUGUGGAGGGACUGGGAAGAUCUUUCUGCUCAGACUUGCAUCCCAGAGCUUGGCUCAGAGACUGGGUUUUUAUUUGAAUUCAGAGUCAUGUCAUAUAACAUUCUGGCUCAGGACCUGAUAGAACAGAGCCCUCAUCUUUACAUGCAUUGUCAUCCAGACAUUAUGAACUGGAGCUAUCGCUUUACAAAUCUCUUACAGGAAAUCCAGCACUGGGAUCCUGAUAUUCUCUGUCUCCAAGAAGUCCAGGAGAAUCACUAUUGGGAGCAGCUGCAACCAACACUUAUGAUGAUGGGCUUUGCCUGCAUCUACAAGCGGCGGACAGGAAGAAAGACAGAUGGUUGUGCUAUCUGCUACAAGCAGAGCAAGUUCCAGUUGAUCAGUACUAGUCCUGUUGAAUAUUUUCGGCCUGGCUUGGACAUCCUCAACAGGGACAAUGUGGGUCUAGUAUUACUGCUACAGCCCUUAUUCCCCGAGAACCUGGGAGAUAAGUCAGUCAGACCCUUGUGUGUGGCAAACACACAUGUGUUGUACAAUCCCCGUCGGGGAGAUAUCAAACUGGCUCAGAUGGCUCUGCUCCUGGCUGAGGUAGACAAGACUGCAAAAAUGGCUGAUGGCAGUUACUGCCCUAUUAUCUUAUGUGGGGACCUGAACUCUGUGCCUGACUCGCCACUGUACAAGUUCAUCCGGAAUGGCCAAUUAUACUACCAUGGAAUGCCAGCCUGGAAGGUGUCUGGACAAGAAGAGUUCUAUCAGAACCCACACCAGCGGAAACUGCUGACUCCUCUCUGGCCCAGCUGUGUGGGGAUAACAGACAGCUGCCAGUAUGCCAGUCUUUGUCAAAGCAAGAAGUCAGACAGGCAAAAAUACAGCCGUGACUUCCUGCUUCAGUUCCGUUACUGUGAUGCUGCGUGUGAGCGACCUCCAGAUUUGAUCCUAUUGGAAGGGGUGACAGAUGCCAUGCCAGACUGCCCUGCACAUUGGCCUAAGGAGCUCACUGUAGUGAACAACACUGAUCCAGAACUCUUUUGUUCAAGGCAUCCAGGCAGUAUUCAGCAUGACCUCAACCUGACUUCUGCGUACAGCCACUUCCUGCCUGAGAGAGGUCGCCCUGAGAUUACAACCAUGCCAAUGGGUGUGGGGGCCACAGUUGAUUACAUCUUCUAUUCAGCACAUCCAAUCAAGAAUGAUAAUGAAGAAUGUCGCAGGAUGUACCAAGAUGGAGCCCUGAAGCUGCUUGGGCGCCUUUCCCUCCUCUCCGAAGACAUCCUUUGGUCAGCAAAUGGCUUGCCGAACCCUUUCUAUUCAUCUGAUCACCUCUGUCUGCUGGCCAGCUUUGGCCUAGAGAACUCUGACUUCUGAUCAUGUGCCAGAUCUCUAGGACUCUUGUUUGAAUGGGAAAAUCAUGAUGUUGAAGUUUGCAUUCGCUAUAGAAAAAAGCAAAAGCUAUUUAUCUUCCCCAUCCUCUCCCUUGCCUCUUUGAGAUGGCCUUUCCUCCCACACUUCUUUUUUAUGAGGAAAUAACCAUUGAACUUACCCAUAAUACUGCAGUUCAUCUCUGAACUUUGCUGCCAAUUUAUGGCUGUUGCACCAUCUUUUUCUUUUUUUCUUUUAAAGUGCAUCUUGCUAAUAAAUUAGCAGAAUUCUGUAUUUGGUCCCUCUGUGUGGCAAGUGUGCUUAGCCACCAUCACCUAGAAAUUAGGAGGGUUUGUCAUUGUGCACCAGGAAGAUCUUAGUUAGCAGGACAAGAGCUGAUUUAAGCCUGAAUAUAAUGUGAGUUUUCUUUUUCUUUCCACUGCAAGCAGCAGGGGAUCCAUACCCUUGUCUUUCUAUUGCACUCAGGCCACAAUGGUGCUGCUGGUUCUGAUUUAUGCAAGUGUGCAAAAUGUAGGGUUGGUUUUUGGAGUGAUGCUGCUGCUCAUUACUUCCAGAGGUGGUGUUUGUUGACUGGCAUGUUCUCUCUCUCUUCACUGCUUGGAAAUGGAAUCAAAUCAACCUGUGUCAGCUGGCCAUCCAAAAAGAGACUUUUCUAUUGGGUACCCCGGUCAGAAUUCAGUGCUGCAUGAACAUUUGGAAGCCUUCAGCUCAUACUAUAAAGGACUUUUAUCUCUGCUCUAAGAUCCUGCUUGGAUUUUAUUUUCAGGUUCUUCAGAAGGCUGGUUUUUUUCUUCUCUCUCCCAUCAACUUGGAAAUUUUUUAUUGCCUCUGGUGACACUUAGAGUUGCAGAGAAGAAAGGAUGGCUCAAACUUGGGAAAAACAAAACAGGAGCUGCUUUGUUUCUGUUACAGCUUGGAAGCUGCAGCAUUGGAUACCUCAACUGGGCCUGGCAGUCACUGCUCAUAAUUUUUUCCUUUAUCAUCAGUGGAUUGUGAAAGGAGCAUGUGGCUGCAGGGCUGUGGCCAGCCUCAGAUAAUCCACAUCCUUUCCUUUAUUCAUGGAUUCCACAUGAUUCCACAUGAUCUACUAAGGCUGCAUGUGGGCCAUGGGACAACUUUAUUUUGGGAAAAAAUGCAUUGGGAGUUUUCAGUAUUUUUAAUGUUUUCUUAAUAUUAAAAAAUAAAAUUUUAUAAUUUCAGAAAA